GGAGGUCUCCCCUCCCACUCCCACUCCCCCUCCCCUCCUCCCUCUCCCUUCUGCAAUCACGAAGAGGAAGUGAUGACAGAUAGUUGGAGAGGACACAGGAAGCAUGUGUUCGUCCUGAGCGAAGCAGGCAAGCCUAUUUACUCUCGCUAUGGCAACGAGGAAGCGCUCUCGACGACGAUGGGUGUCAUGACGGCACUGGUGUCCUUCGUCCAGAGUGGGGAUGACACCAUCCGCUCCAUCCACUCAGAUGACCAUACAGUUGUCUUCAUGCAGCAAGGCCCUUUGGUGCUCGUUCUGGUAUCCAACAACAAGCAGUGCGAGCAUCAGCUGCACACCGAACUCCUGUACGUGCACUACCAGAUCGUCAGCAUGCUCACACAGGCCAGCAUCAACCGCAUCUUCGAACAGAAGCAGAACUACGACCUGCGUCGCCUCCUGACGGGCUCCGAGAGGACCCUGGACGGCCUGCUAGACCUCAUCGACCACGACCCCAGCUUCCUGCUCUCUGCGGUGCAGUGCGUGCCCCUGUCGUCUUCCCUGAGGGACUCCAUCAGCCAGGCCAUGCAGAGGGCCACCACUCCCAACUUGGUCUUCUCCAUCCUCAUUGCCAACAAUCAGCUGCUCACCAUUGUCCAGGAGAGGAUGGUUCUGGAGGACGCCAGGCUGAAGCCCAUCGACCUUCUCCUGGUGCUCAACUUCAUCACGUCCUCCUCAGCCUUCCACGGAGGAGAGAUCUGGACGCCGAUCUGCCUGCCACUCUUCAACGCCGACUGCUAUUUCUAUGCCUACGUGGCCUUCCUGGACCCUCCCGCUUGCACAGUGUGCCUUCUCCUCAUCACCACCGACCGCAAUGCGUUCUUCGCUGCGGCAGAGUGCAAGAGGAAGAUCGAGGAGAGCUUCAGGGCUCAGAAUGUUCUGGCUGACAUUGCAAGGGCUGAGUCCUACCAUGCCAGUCAGGUUGGCGUGCCAGACCUGAGGCACUUCAUGUACAUGCCCUUCAACAUUCCCGACAAACACCACCAGCUGCCACAGUUCACCAGCUCGUUGAUGGCGGAACCCUAUGUGGGGCGGGAGAGGACAAGGCUGCUUGAUCUGUAUAGAAACGUGCACAGCCGGAUACACAGCACCACGCCACCACUGAAAAUCAUCUAUCGUGUUUCAAAGAAGGAAGUUUUAUUUGCUUGGACUACAGAGAAGUUUGAGCUGUAUACCUGCUUUUGCCCUUUCGUGACGAAGGCAUCUGCCAUCAACCAUGUGACCAAACUACUGCGAUGGAUUAAAAAGGCAGAAGAUCGACUUUUCAUCCGUAGCCCUCCAAAGUACUCCACCGUACCCAGCACAAGAACAGGAGGCUCCAGUGAUAGACACGGCGGCUCCAACAGACAGGAGAAUCCUGAUGGAGGCCUUUCUCUCCUAUAAAACACUGUCUGGACUGCCAACACAUAUAGGCCUGUCACAGACAACCAAACUAGGCAAUUGCCUAGGGCCCCCAGCUGAAAGGGGACCCUCAGGUGUUAUGUACAUGACAGCGACAGCAAUGACAACUUUGUGAGUGAGGCAAAACCUAAUGACCGACAAGUGCAAUACUUCUAUAAAAAUCUCUCUUAAGGGGACCGCUCCACAAUAAUUUCAAGAGAAAAAAGGGACCCCAAGUAAGCCUUUGCAUAGGGCUCCCAAUUAGGCUACCAAAAUUGUAAUGGCCCUGAAUACAUAACAUCAGAAGUUUUGAGCAGAAUAGCGAGUGAUUGAUUCAGACAGGCCCAGGAAACCCAGUUUUACAUGAAGCUGGA